AUGGAACACGCCUCGAGCCCUUCGACAUCGCGCGACUACCUCACCCCGCCUCGACGGUCCAUGUCCAGCUGUGUACCAUCAACAUCGACUACAUCGUCUUCUUCAAGGCGCAGCUCUUUCGAUUCGCUUUACACCCCCACGCCUGUAGAUAGCCUCUUGGCCCCACCAACAAUUUCAAGACAUCUCACUCCUCCUGCCUCACCUUCACCUUUCAUGGUCGAAUUCGGCAAACCACCUAGUAUGCACCAGCAGCGGCCCUGUCUCGCUAAACCAGACCCCGUCUCGCUACGGCGGUCGGGUAAAUUCCUUCUCCUCGUCCUCCUUCCAACAGCAGUCAUCGUCACCGCUGCAGCAGCAUUUGCAACGAUUGCAACCUCCGGCCACCAAAGACCGUUACCGGUGCAGAGACUGGCCCAUGGUGAACUCGACUGGCAAAAGCGAUGGUCAAACGACCUAGAGGUUCGACAAAAUGUAGACGGGGCAGACGUACCCGUGUUGACGGUAGGCGGACUCGGAGGAGUCUCGUCAGCUACAAGUUCAGGCUCGGCGAACGACUCUGCCACACCGACAACAUCCGCGUCGGCGUCCGUAUCAGGGACAUUGACGAGCACGACUUCAACGACACGCGCCUCGGCCCCUGUGAUUCCCAGCUCUGUCGUAUUGCCUACGCCAUUCCCACAGGCCUUUGACAGCACGCUCUCGACAGAUUUCACAUCAGGAACAUGUCAAGUGUUCUUUGCAAAUCUCACUACGACACUCUCUUUCCGACAAUGUCGACCACUCUCCCUCUUAAUCCCAACAUCGCAAGCCUUUUUGCAAGUCCAGCUCGAUAAAAACCUAACGAGUCUGACGUCGAUCAUCUACGGCACGUGCAAUACCACGCCAUCGGAAGACGAAUGCGUAGGGCGCAUGCUCGAAUUCGAACAAGAUAUCCGAACAGCGUGCGCACAAGAAUUGAGCAGCGGUCAUGCGCUCGCGUGGAGCGCAUUGAAUGGGUUUAGAAACUACAAAAUGGUCAGGGACGCAGGGUGUUUACAAAAUGAGCGCACGAAUACAUACUGCUUUGUCGACGCCGCGGCCGCCCAACCACCCGCGGACAUUUACCUCUACCAACUCCCCAUGGGGACUCCUCUCCCUGGCUCGUCCUCGUCUUCGUCUACAUCAAGUCGUGCGCAGAGUACGACUGUUGCCAAGAUUGCUCGUGAUGUCCAUAUCCCACGGGACAAUGUCUUGUUGGACGCGAGUGGGUUGGCAAAGGGCGUGCAGAUUACGCCGUCGUGUAGUGCGUGUUCGCGGAGUGUGAUGAGCAUCUUUGCGUCGUAUGCCACCAAUUCGACAUUGCUCAUUAGUGAGACGUACCCUUCUGCUUCCCGUGUGCUCAAUGGUGCGUGUGGAGAUGGGUAUGCGCAGUCGAUCAGCGGUGCGCUUUCGACGGUGGCGACGAGUAUGUGGAAUGUCGUGUUGGUUGGGCUCGUGGGUAUUGGUCUUACGUGGGUCGUGUAA